GGAGGCCUCGGGCAGCCCUGCCAGCUGUGGGGACCAGGAUCUGUAUCACCAUGGCCUGGACUCCUGUCCUCCUCAUGCUCCUCUCCCAUUGUGCAGGUUCCCUGUCCCAGCCUGUGCUGACCCAGCCGCCCUCCCUGUCUGCAUCUCCGGGAACAACAGCCAGACUCACCUGCACCCUGAGCAGCGGGUUCAGUGUUGGAGGCUACUACAUAAAUUGGUUCCAGCAGAAGCCAGGGAGCCCUCCCCGGUAUCUCCUGUACUACUACUCAGACUCAGAUAAGCACCAGGGCCCCGGGGUCCCCAGCCGCUUCUCCGGGUCCAAAGAUGCCUCGGCCAAUGCGGGGCUUCUGCUCAUCUCUGGGCUGCAGCCUGAGGACGAAGCUGACUAUUACUGUUCUACAGAUCAUGGCAGUGGGAGCAGCUACCGUUAUGUUUUCGGCGGAGGGACCAGGGUGACCGUCCUCGGUCAGCCCAAGUCCGCACCCUCAGUUACCCUCUUUCCACCCUCCAAUGAGGAGCUCAUCGCCAACAAGGCCACCCUGGUGUGCCUCAUCAGUGACUUCUACCCCAGUGGCUUGACGGUGGCCUGGAAGGCAGACGGCACCCCUGUCACCCAGGGUGUGGAGACCACCAAGCCCUCCAAACAGAGCAACAACAAGUAUGUGGCCAGCAGCUACCUGAGCCUGUCACCGAACCAGUGGAAAUCUCGCGGCAGAUUCACCUGCCAGGUCACACACGAGGGGACCAGUGUGGAGAAGAGUGUGGUCCCUGCAGAGUGCUCUUAGGUUCCCAAGGCUUCCAGGAUGGGGGCCUUCCUCACCAGACACCCCUUCCCCAGCCCACUGUGUAGCCCUGUGAACCAACCCCUGGAUCAGCUCAGACCAGGCAGGUCACACGCCCUCCCUAUUUCUACUUGUGCUCAAUAAAGACCUUAGCACAUAUCACUGA